UUAACUGGACAAAGAAGGUUUUAAGAGUAAAAGGCUAAAAAAAAUUGCAAUUGUUAAUUUGCGUCCAUAAUUCACUCAUCCUCCUCGCAAUUUCCGAUCUUUCUGUAGUUGUCUGGUCUCCGUCAACCAUCAAUCACCAACGUAGAUCGCACACAAAUAACAAUGGGUUUAGGUUUUGUUGUCGGAUUCCUCGGGCUUCUGAUUCUAUUUCACGCCGCAUAUUCUACCAUCCAAUACAAGGGUUUGUUGAAGAUUACGGAGGAAGAGUUUUCAGGGCCUCCUUUGAAUGUGGUGAUUGAGGUGACUCUAGGGUUAGUUUUUUGCAUGUGGGCUGCACUAACCGUGCCAGGAAAGUUUUUGUCAAUCCACCCUCACUCUGAAGAGAACAGAAUUGUUUCUUUACCUUCCAACGUGGACUUCAUGAUCUUCAACCAUCGAUACAAAGUCUUUCCUGUGGAAAUGGAUGUGAAGCUGAAGCAUUGAGAACUUUUAUAUAAUUGGACCGAGUAACUUCAUUUCUUACACGAGGAAGAAAGAGUCUUUCCUCGAAAAUUGAAUAAUCUCUUAGUGCAUUUGAUUUUGAUGUUAGUACUGGUUGAUGUACGAGAUUUUGGAGAUUUCUUUUGUAGCUUCAUACCUUACAUUUCUGUACUGGGCACCUACCCGUCUUCUUAAUUUUGACAGUAUGUUACUGCUAGAGCCUCUUAAUAUUUAUGAUGAGGUAGCCUUUAAUUUGACCAUUCUUCCCAGUGUUAACUAUAGCACUAUAGAAUGGUAAUGUCCAAAAUGAAGACAAAUGAUCUGUUUGUGGUA